AAAAGCAAGUUGUAACAUGGUGACUGAGGUAUCGGUGUUGAGGACAGUAUGUGUCUGUUUCGGUGUAAUAUUGGUGUUGUUUCUGUGUACGGACUGGGACAGUGUGGUGUCUCUCGAAAGGUGGACCGACAAGUUGCUGCCAAACUUCGAACAUGAACAGAAGAUCGUCGGGGAGUCCACGAAGGAAGAGAACGUCAAAGGGACACAUGUCGCGAGAACACCAACUAGCGACGGCCCUAGAGAGGACAACACCUCGGAUGACUGCUCACCCCGCAAGAACUUUGUGUUCAUGAAAGUUCACAAAGCCGGGUCUUCCACAACUACCCCCAUUGUAGCACGGUACGCUCUCAGACAGAACUGCACAGUGAUGUUUCCACUAGCCAGGGGGACUCUCAGCUGGCCAAACCUUCCCAGAGUAGACGACUACAUUCACAGACCUGACGAGAAGUACAGCGUUCUAUUCCACCACACCGUGUACAACAAAGAGUGGAUGGAGAGCAAGUUUCCCGCCAACACGGCGUACCUCGCAAUCAUACGGGAACCUUUCAGUCAUCUCAAGUCUUGCUUCAACUAUUACCGACUCGAUCGCAUCCUCCCGUUCAAGAACAAGACAAACCCUCUCAGGGAAUUCCUGAGAAACCCAGCCAAGUACCAUACAAGUGUAGUUCUUCAGGGUAUACUUGUGGAUAACACGAGGAACGCACAAGCUUUUGACAUGGGGUACCCGAUAGAGAAGGCAGAGAACAUGGAGAGUGGACGGGCGUACAUCCAACAGUUGGGCCGGGACUUCACGCUCGUUCUUAUAUUAGAAUAUCUGGAUCAUUCUUUGGUCAUGCUUAAAAGGCUGAUGUGCUGGGAGACAAGAGAUAUCCUGUAUGCAACAGCACCUAGAAACAGCAAAACGUACCCCUACAAGUCUUACCAACCCACGGACGCAGAGAGGGAGACCCAUCGGCAAUGGAGUCAGGUGGACUACGCCAUGUACGAUCACUUUAACCAGACCCUCUGGAGGAAGAUCAAGGAACAAGGGCCAGACUUCUAUGAGGAGUUGGCGUUCUUCCGUCAAGUCAACCAAGACGUCAACGACUUCUGCAGCAGGCAGGAGAACCAUGGAAAAGGACAAGAACUACCAGCAACAAAACACUUUCCGAAGUCGCUAUGGAGCAACGCCUUCGACUUCAACCACCAUUCCUGCACCUUGCUUAGCAUGGACUAUUCCGGCAUUGACACGUUUAUAAGAGAAGCACAGGACCAACAAAUGUUAAAGAAACCAUGCGAACAACAAAAAGUCGUAUCCAAACCGAACUUGUACUUUGUUCUUGACGGCCGUCCUGCUUUUAACACGCUGGGGGAUGUCAUGAACUACAAAGCCAAGAAAGAUACAAAACCUCUGAAUCGCGAACAGGCAAAAAUAAUAGAAAUGCUGAAAAAGUCUUUCCAGAAAUGCAAGAAAAAACAGGAAGGAAUGGAGGACUUUCAUCACGAAGUUGCUGGGAAGUUCAAAGUUAAAUCUUACGAAAUACCGGAGGAAAUGUUGGGCCUUCCGGAGAAAGCUGCAUGGAAAUUAUGACACCAUAAUUUCAGGGAGAAAGCAAUGGAAGACACGCGUCGUAUUUCUUUUAAACAAGACUCGGGAAGCUAGAAAUUCUUUUUUAAUGCAGAAAAAGCCCUCCAAUUUGACGUUUUGCCUAGGAUCUCAUGGAAUAGUUUCAUCAAAGAGACUUUUUUUACACAACCGAGGGUUUUAUACACAGCCAACAUUUUGGUGACCGUCUGUCACCUUCCUCAGGGCAAUUCUGACUCGUUCACAUUGUACAGCAUAUAUAUGUAAAUACUUUGCGUUUGGGAACGCAUCUAUAAUCAUCACGUGUACAGCCGUGUCCUGCAUUAUAUCAUAAAAUCAAAUAUUUACAAACACAAUUUUAUGUAACAGAAUUUGCAGGUUCACAUGAUACAUAAUGGUACUAAUAUAAUACAUAAAAUUCUUUAGUAAUCUUUACAUAUAAUUCUUAUAUACAGUUUCGCUGACAAAUACAAUUGGCCAGCAAUAUGCAACAUUUCAGUGUUAUAAACAAAAGCAAUAGAAAGAGCAGCAAAACAGUUGAGAAUAUCCGUUAUAUAUUACUUUUCCUAUUUUCUGAAAUGAUUUGCUGUAUGCACGAGUAAAUGUAAUCAUCAUUUUUCUUCCAAAUCAAUCAAAUGACGUACUAAACGUUUAAUACCAGCUUAAAGCCUUGCCUUCGAUCACCAGAGUUACUUGUAUCAACCAAGGAUUGAGGUGUUAAACAAUCUCACAUUUUCUUAGAACUAUCGUAGAGUGGAACUCGCUGUCACCAAGUACAGUAUGGGCAUUAUCAUUAGAUAGCUUUAAACAAUGUACGCCUGCAUUUAGAUGUAUAUAUGUGCAGAUGUAACAGGUUGUUCGGUGUAAUGCUAGUCUGCUGUAUAUCUACAUGUAGUUUAAGACCUUAUGAAAGUCGCUGUACUUUUGUUGUUUCAAUAAAGUUCACUGUAUAGCCAGCUGCGGCCGCGUCACGUGUCUAUGAAACCGGUGUGUUAUACCGAUGGGCGGUUUUGUACAGAUAAAGAUACUUUUCUUUAUAUUCU